ACUGUCAGCAGCGGAAGUAACCUCAAAAGCAAUUUCGAUAUCGAUUCCGAUUCAAAUGUAAACACCGUCAAUAGUGUCAACAGACUUCGAGUAAACGGUGUCCUCUGAAAAGUAAGCAGAGUUGUGGUAGAAUGGCCACUUCGUCGGCAAACGUAACCGUGUCGAGCAUCUUGAAGAACAAGAGCUCGUUCGACGAUGAGCCGCGGAAGAAGAGCCGGGAGGACUGGCGAAAGGCGAAGGAGCUCGAGGAGGCGAGGAAGGCUGGCACGGCCCCCGCGGCCGUCGACGAGGAGGGUAAAGACAUCAAUCCGCACAUCCCGCAGUAUAUCAGCGCGACACCGUGGUACUUUGGCGCUCAGGGUCCCACCCUGAAGCAUCAGAGACCGCAGCCCGAGAAACAGAGGGAGUUCAGCUCGAUAGACGCGUGGUACAAUCGCGGGGUGGAUGCCUCGCUAACGGCGGCCAAGUAUCGCAAGGGCGCCUGCGAGAAUUGUGGCGCGAUGACUCACAAGAGGAAGGACUGUAUGGAGAGGCCGCGCAAGGUCGGCGCCAAGUACACCAAUUCGAAGAUAGCACCGGACGAGUUCAGCCAGCCCGACCUGUCGAUGGACUACGACGGCAAGAGGGACAGAUGGGCCGGUUACGAUCCUUCCGAGCACAGAGCGAUCGUCGAGGAGUAUCAGAAGAUAGAGGAGGCCAAGAGGCAGAUGCGCGCCGAGAAGCUCAACGCCGAGGAGGAGAACGACGAACUGGACUCGGACAAGGACGAGGAUAAAUAUGUCGACGAGGUGGACAUGCCUGGGACGAAGGUCGACUCCAAGCAGCGCAUCACCGUGAGAAAUCUCCGGAUUCGGGAGGACACCGCCAAGUAUCUGCGCAAUCUCGAUCCGAACUCGGCGUAUUACGAUCCAAAGACCAGAUCUAUGCGAGAUAAUCCUUACGCCGGCACGGAACGCGAGGUGGAUUUCAAAGGCGAGAACUCCGCGCGGUUCUCCGGAGACACACAGCAACACGCCAAUGCGCAACUGUUCGCUUGGGACGCGCACGAGAAAGGAGUCGACGUACAUUUGUUGGCCGAGCCUACGAAACUCGAAUUACUGAAGCAGGAGUACGACAAGAAACGCGACGAGCUCAAGGACAAGGCGCGCGACAGCGUGAUCGAGCGUUACGGUGGUGAAGAGCAUCUCAAAGCGCCACCAAAGCCCCUGUUACUCGCGCAGACCGAGCACUACGUUGAAUAUUCGAGGUACGGCAAAAUAAUUAAGGGACAAGAUAGACAGGUGAUACGAUCUAAAUAUGAAGAGGACAUUUAUCCAAAUAAUCACACGUCAAUCUGGGGCUCCUACUGGCAAGAUGGAAAGUGGGGCUACAAAUGCUGUUACUCUUUCAUUAAAAAUUCAUAUUGUACCGGCGAGUCGGGGAAGAAAGCGGUGGAGGCAGUGAGCCACGGUAUACCAGAUAACGUUCCAUCUGAACCGGAAGAAACGAAUGAUAACCCGGACACAGUGGAGGACAAUCGUACUUCCAGCAGCGAAUCCCCGUCCGAGGAUGAGGAUACGAGAGACAAAACGGAAAAGCAGAGUAGAGCGGCUAAACGGAAAUUGAAGAAGCAGAAACGGAAGGAAAACCGCAGGAAUAAAAAACGAAAUAACGCGGAGCAAGACGAGGACAAACUGAAGGAAGCGCUGAGGAAGGAGGAGGAAAAUGCGAAGCGAGCGGACAGAAUGUUGCAGAUAGAUGAGAGGAAACGGCCGUACAACAGCAUGUACGAGACGAAGGAAUUGUCAGCUGAAGAGAUAGAAGCGUAUCAAAUGAAACGCAAACGCGACGAGGACCCAAUGGCCCAUUUUCUUUAAAAGAGCGAUUACUAAGUUGCUCUUACAAUACGACGGUCAAAUUGAUAUUCUACAUAAUGUAUAAAGUCUGCAAUAUUAUUUAUCGUGUAUCAUUCUAUGCAAGUGCUAAAAUGCGUGGUAUUUUAAUGACAUUAAUUAUAUGUUGGUUCAACCGGUUAA